AUGCAGCUGAUACAUCAGGAGACUGCGGUAAUUUUUGGGUUUGUUUUAUUGCAGAUAUCCAGCAUCAGCAUUUCCUCUCCAGCUUCUGAUUGUUUGGCUUUGGUAGAAACAUGCAUGUCAGAUUUGUGCAGACAUGAACAUGCAGUUUUAACUGGCAGCUGUGGAGAUGAAGCGUGCCACAUAAAGGGCUCAGAAGUCUGUAACUUGACCUUCCACACAACACUGGACCAAUUUCCAUCUCUGCGCGGGUGUGCGUGUGCCUGGGAGGAGAAGCUUUGUGACUCUGUACAAGAGCUGGCCAAACAAUGCUCCAGAAAGCCAGUAAUUCAUCAGAAGAGGAACACAGACUGGAAAUCGAGCAGUUUAUUAGACAAUGUGCAAGAUAGUUCUGGAUCCUGCACGGACCGAUUUACUGCUUGUGUCAGUGAUUCGGUUUGCAACCGUCACCUCAUACCUGUUCUUCAGGCAUGUAUGGUAGAGCGGUGUGACAACAACCAAUGUCAGCGUGAAAUUCAGCAGUUUUAUAGAAACAUGCCCCAAAAAACUGCAGAGACGCUGGUGAUGUGUGAGUGUGAGGCCACAGAUCAGGAGUGUCCGCUCAUGAAGACUGGUCUGCAAAGUGGAACAUGUGGAGCUGAGACCCUGAUCUGCCAGGAAAGGGUUGCUCAGUGUGUCCAGGACAGGGCGUGCAGAAACUUGUUGAAAUCGUUCCAAGAAAACUGUUGGAAUCUUGAAGGAAUACAUUGUAGUGUCACAAAUCUUGAAGUGGACGAAUGUUUCACCGUGAUGAGUCCAGCUCACAUCCUUGGUGCAGAUUCUAGAUGUAGAAAGGCCUUCCUGAAUACUUUAGGCACCGUGCUUCACCAGCCUUGUACGUGCAAAGGAGUGCACAGCGACCAUCUUCUGACGUGCAGCAGGAUUCAUGAUGUCUUCCAUAACAGAAAGCACUUUGUGAGACUGGGUGAAAACAAUGUUGCUCUUUCUAAACCAAGUGAAAACAAUGAAUUUGACCAUCCAACAUGGUCUUUUGAUCAUUGGUUGUAUGCUCUUGCAGCCUUGCUCCUUGCAGGAAUCAUUAUAUUACUACUGGUUGUUGUCGUCAGAUUCUGGUUGAGAAGGAAAGAUAAAAUAAAACUUGACUAUUCGAGGAAGAGGGAUCUUGUUAACCUGUGA